AUGGCCGAAGGCAACACCGCCCUCUGGGCGCAAGCCACCUCCAUCCAGAGCGUCAAGGCGCUCAUCCCCAUCACCCUCGACCUGAAGGCGUCCAACUACUCCAAGUGGCGCAACAUGGUCGACAUCGCCGUCCACACCUACGCCCUCGCCGACCGCCUCACCACGGCUGUCGCUCCGGCCGAUGAAAAGUGGCUCCGCCUCGACUCCACCGUCCUGCGCUGGCUCUAUGUCUCCAUCGCCCCGGACAUCCUCAACAUGGUCAUGACAGCGACCACGUCGGCCUACUCCGUCUGGACUCGCAUCGAGGCCCUCUUCCGCGACAACCAGCAGAAAGCCGUCGCCGAUGCGCUGGCGGAUGUCGGCGCCCCGGUCUCCGAUGAUGCCCUCGUCUGGAACGUCCUCAAGGGCCUUGACGAGGCCUACGACAACAUGGCUGCCCUCGCCCCGCUCCUCACGCCCUUCCCGUCCUUCCUCCAGCUCCGGAACAUGCUUCUUCUCCAGGAGCUGAAGCCUCAUCAUGGCGGCCGCGGUGGACCGUUGAACGCCACCGCCCUCUACAGCAACACGGGGCGGUGGUGA